AUGGAGGUCUCACAUAGACAGCUGAGCACUGGGGAGCAGUCAGGAGGUCAAGAACACCUUCAUGAACCUCAAUAUGAGUCUGGUCUCAAUAACCCAAAACCAACCACAGCUCGCUCCCAGCAGCAGCAUGGACCCUCUCAUCCCAGACAGACAAAAAGACUUCGUCAUGAGAGAAAGCGGCUCCGGCUUCAGAAAAGAAAUGUUCAGGAAGCAGAAACUCUUGAGGGGGGCAAGUCAGAAUGGGCUUCUAGAAGUUCUGAAGAUAUGGACGUUUCUGAUAAAUGCCCUGAGACUUCAACUUCAUCAGUGUCAAGGCAACUUUCCAUGGAGGCCCAAGAAAGCACACCAAAACAAAAACGCGAGCGUAAACCUCAAAAGCCAGGAAAGUAUGUUUGCACCUACUGUGGCCGGGCAUGUGCCAAGCCGAGUGUACUACAGAAACACAUACGUUCCCACACUGGAGAAAGGCCUUACCCUUGUGCACCAUGUGGUUUUUCCUUUAAGACUAAGAGUAACCUUUAUAAGCACCGUAAGUCACACACACAUAAGGUAAAAGCUGGUAUGGCCUCAGGUAGACAAGGGCCUGGCAUGAGUUGUCAUGAUGAGCCAGUUACAGAAUCAGACGAAGACACUGGUCAGCUGUCUUCAUUUAUUACUCUUAAAAAUCAAGAGAUGGUAUCCUCUCCAAGAAAUUCUUGCACAGAAAUAGCCCCCGAAGGGCAGUCACAGGGAUUAGAAUACUCUCAUGCGGUCAAAAAGAGACUAGCUAUGCGGCUUAGCAAAGGACGACGAGCUCCUUUGGGUUCAUCUGAUGAGACCUCCUCAUCAUUUGGGCUAGGAAGCAAAGGCAGCACAGAAUCAGGCUAUUUCUCUCGCUCUGAGAGCACUGAAGUCUCUCAAGACAGUCUGCCAAACACAAGUGCCAAAAGUUAUGCAGAGGUUAUUCUUGGAAAAUUUGGUCGUCUUGGCCAUUUACAGAGAACAGUUCGUCAACAGGAUGAACACUCUGCAGAACAAGAGGGGAGGAGCAUCCCUUUCUCUGUGCCUAAAAAGCAUGUGAUCGAUCACAUCACCAAACUCAUCACCAUCAAUGAAGCUGUUGUAGACACGAGCAAGAUUGAUAGUGUCAAACCCAGAAGGUUUUCUCUUUCUAGGAGGAGCAGCAUUGAGUCAUCUCUUUCUAAAGAUACAAUUCUUCGUAGAGCAAAAGAGAUAGACAUUAGUUCAAAAAGCAGUGGGUCCAUCACUCUUGGUGUCCCUUGUGAGAAAUUUCAACAGCACUCCAGUGUCAGGCAACCAGCUAAUGCUUUGUCAGCUGGUCCUCUUUUAAGAAGUCACUCAUUACCCUCAAAUGCAAGCAUUGAAUCCACUGCUGCCUCACAAAACUUUCGUCACAGCCAAUCAUUUGAUGAACAACCAGCUCAGAACAGGCGGCAUGGUAUGCUAAGGCGCCAGCCUGCAAUUGAAUUACCCAUUGGUGCUGAAAUUACUACUGAGGAACAGCCCUGUUCCAGCUCACCAUUUCAUUCCUCAGUUUCCAUGGUGUCUGAAUGCAAGCAAAAACAGCUAGAACCAUUUGAGUGUGAAGCAUGUGGAGUUGCUUGCAACAACUGGGAAAAAUAUAAAACACAUAAAAACCACCACUGCCCUGCCCAGCCAUCUCACCCACUUGAAAUUCCUGCAUGUCAAGCUGAAGAGCAUGGGACAAUUCAUAAAACUCGAAUUGGUGGGUUAGCAGUGCGGAAAAGGAGAAAGGAAGAGAGUCUAGAACUUGACGAUCCUGCCUUACCAUCAGCUGCCUUGUCAUCUACCUUUACAACAUCACAAGGAUAUAUUGCAACAUGUGUAAAGCCCACCAUAGAAGCUGUUGUGUCAGUGCAGGCACACGAGAAGGAGAACACUCUAAAAGGAGUAUCAGUAAUACAACACACUAGUUUAUUUAACAAACAAGAACCUUCGACUCACACUUACUUAAAGGAACAGACAACAAAGCCAAACUUCCGUAAGCUUGUUCGCCAACACAAUGUUCAAAUACCAGAAAUUCGAGUAACAGAGGAAACAAAUAUUAACAUGAAAGUGCCACUCCAUCAAGAUGCAUCUGAAUAUAAAGACGCAAAAAAAGUUGAAGAUUUCCAAUGGCCCCAAAGAAGUUCAUCACUGGCCCAGCUUCCCAUUGAGAAGUUGCCACCAAAAAAGAAAAGACUUCGUCUUGCAGAGGCAACCCAGUCCUCUGGAGACUCAAGUUUUGAAUCACUAUCUGUACCUCAUAGUCCAGAUAUUCACCGAUAUAGUCAUUCCACAUCACUUGAGGAAUCUGUCAAAAGUGAUGUUGACACAAUGUCUAGAAGGUCAAGAGCUGCUCAUACAUUAACAAUCUCAAGUACUCACCACCCUCACAGAGAAAUGCAACGGUCUGCAUCUGAGCAAGCACCACACAUACCUCAGCAGACAAACCCCAUUGUUGAGACCAGAAGUAGGUCCUUUGAUUACAGCUGUUUAUCCCCUGAUCGAACACCUGCAGGUUGGAGGGAAAGGCGCAAAUGCCUCUUGAUUAAACAUUCCGCUGUAAGAGAGCCAGAGGAAGAAGAUCCACCACCAAAGCCAAUUCUUAGUGUUAAUCCUCCAUCUCCAAGUGGAAGCAUUUCCCCUCGACACAGCCCUGACACAUCUCAUUCCUCUGUGCCUUCUUCAUUCCGUAAUGUGUCUUUAAGCAAUACAGUGUGCCCCUCAUUCUCUCAUAAACCUGUUACACCUUUAACCGCAGUGACUCAUACAGAUGAUCAUACAGUCAUGGAAAAUCUGCACUGCCUGUCAGGUGCUGCAAGAGCUCAUUACUACUCAGUGUCCUCAGGUCUUAAGCUUGAGAUCCCCAUAGAGGAUGAUGUUGGGCAGUCAACUGCCAGUUAUCAUCAUUACCAUCCCCAUCUUGAUAUUACUCCAAGCCAAGAGCUUUUGAGACCUCCUGGGAUGCAGAGAGUGCCUGUUCGCCUUUGUUCAGACUUACCUUCCAAUGCCAAUUCUGUUUACACUACUCUGUCACAGAAAAUUGUUGCACCAUCUCAGGAUCCUGGCUGCUCUGGUUUAAGAGUAGAAUCUAUAGGAUCUAGCUUUGAUUUCAGAGAUCAACCACCAGCAGCUGAGGGAUCCAAAUCCUCCAGUGCAGGGGGAAACAAAAGGGUGCUGUCCCCAACAAGCAGUGUGGAACUCACCCCUGAUAGUCAACAACAGAAACGGGUGAAGGAACAGGAGGAGGACACAGACAAUGCAAAGAGCAAUAAGAGUAGUUUAAUUUCUAGCACAAAAUCAGACUCUCAGUUGUGUAGUAAAAGUAUUGUGGUCCCCAGAAACAAAGAAGAGACUUCAUAUACUUCUCUUGACACAAAUCUUGCAAUGAGCUGGUGCUAUCUAAACUAUGUCAAACCCAAUCCAUGUGUCCAAGAUGACAACCAGAACUCAGUCUAUUCUACUUGGUGCAUAAGCACUCGGAAUCCAAACCCUCCAGGGUUAACAAGCAAAGAUGUACUCUCCCUAGUGUACUGCAAGCAAAGACAUACUUCUUUCACUUACACUACAGCAGCAAUGCCUCCCUCUACAGUGGGAAAACCUGCAGCACCUGACACCAGGGAUCGCAAGGAGGCUGAGGUAAAUGUAGAAACUCCUGGAGUACAUGCCAUACAGCCCAUAGACCCCACAGAGAUCCAGAAAGCUGAGCUGAGAAAGACAGAAAAGACACCAAAGGAACAGGGAGAAGAGGAAGCACGGUCUACCUCCAAAUACAAUGAGAUCCUCCGGGUUCAAAUCUGUGAAGGAGGCUACAGGUCAAGUGAGGAGUAUGUGUACGUGCGGGGACGUGGGAGAGGCCGUUACGUGUGUGAGGAGUGUGGGAUCCGCUGUAAAAAGCCCAGCAUGCUGCGGAAACACAUCAGACUGCACACUGAUGCUCGGCCCUACAUCUGCCAGCACUGCAACUUCGCUUUCAAAACCAAAGGCAAUCUUUUGAAGUCCAUACCAUUAGAUUAUAGCAACAUCUCUUCUGCCACACUGCACUGGAAUUUAACCAAACAUAUGAAGUCAAAGGCUCAUGGGAAGCGUUGUCCUGAGGGGACCACUCCUGGACCUGUGCUGAGUGAGCCAGACACAGAAGAAGGAGGUGGUGCUGAGGAAAGUUUCAUUGUGCCAGAGGUCACUGAGGAGCACCAGUUCUCAGAUGCUGAGGACACGGAUGAAGAAGAAGACAACAAUGAGGAAGCUGACGAGGAGACAUCGCAAUCCUCUACCUCAUCCCUGAGGAUGUCUGUCUGUAAUGAAGUUCCAGGAUGUCAGUUAGCAUCAAAUCCUGCAGCCUUGGUGAAGACAAAUGAGUCCAGACAGCUGAGUCCAAACACAUCUUCAUAUGUCGAGACUACCACUGCAGCCAGGUCCUAUUCUCCCAUAUGCAGUCUUUCUCCUGGCCUUCAGUUAUCCCCUGUUCAUCCAUGCUCCCCACGACGGGACAUGUCCCCUUUACGCUGUCUCUCUCCCCGGCUUAGCCUCUCUCCAUCUCCCUGCCAGUCCUCUCUUUCCCCAUCUACCCGACCUGUCUCACCUUUCUCGCUAAGACACCUGUCCCCGGUUCGAGCCAUUUCUCCCAUAUGUCCAAUGUCUCCAAGCAGUCCACAGAGCUCCAGUUUCGGGGUCAGCACCUGCAGACACAGAGAUUUAACAAAGUCUUCAACCAAUACAGUCAAUUCCAAGGGCAAGCUGGAGAAGACGAGUAGAGCUCAGAGAAGAGAGCAUCAGGCCGAGCUGCUCUUCUUCAGGCAUGGGAAGGCCAGGGAAGGCCAACGAGUGCUCAGUCACCUGCCUCUGCAUUCCCAACCUCAGACUCCAAGCUCUAGCCUCAGCCUCAUGAUCCCCAUAGGGGGAAUCCAGAUGGUUCAGAUUCCUACAAUCAGCUCAGGUCUGCACGUGCACCGGUCAAAACUGAACCCCAGCACGACCCAGACAGCCUUAGAUAAGCUGGGCAAGGAGGAAAAAACAAGUAAAUCAAACGACUUAAUACAAUAUGGGUCUGCCCCUGGAGGACAAAACCAGGAAACUGAAGAACCUGAUGAUAAAAAAAGUGACGCUCUGGGUGCACCCUUGACAACCUGGAAGUGUAUAUCUCAAAGAAAAGAGAGAAAGCGUCAGGAAAGAAAGCCCACACACAUCCACAAAAGCACUACAAUCAAGCAUACCACACAGACAUCUACAGAUAGUGACAUGACACCCAAGAGCACUUGGAAGGAAAAGGCUUCUAGAGUAUCAGAGAGAUCUCUUGCCGAGAGAAGACUCUAAUUCUUCCAGUGUCUGGGCUGGACCAAACCAAGAUGAACCAAGAUGGACGGAAUCAUCGAGCAUCUCAACAUAACAUCUUACCACCAACAUAGUAUACAUAGGAAACCUGAGCAUUUAGAAAACAAGAUUCAGUGUAAUUGUGUAGAUAUGUAGAUGCAGCAUAUAUCUGUAUGUAUAUUGUUCUCUAUCUGUAUUCUAGACUCAUUUCUAUCUAUAAUUUAUAUACACUGUAAAAAUUAAAAAAAAGGUAUGGUUUAUAUUGAUUUAUAUAUGACCUUGUAUGGCUUUGGAGUUUGUAUUUUAUGUGUUUGUAUCAUUUCUAUAUGCAGUUUCUCACUAGAAUAUGAAACUCAGCUAAAUGGUUGUGUCCAUCCAACAUUUUUGAUAUACAUUGUAAGCACGGUAGACUCCAUACACACACACGGUAUUUCUCAAAUAACCAAAACCACUCAACUUGUCAGUAUACUUAAAAAUAAAAUAAUUUUAAUUAGUAGUAUUGCUGGGUUACAUAUGAGAAGAGGUCUGUAUAGUAUUUUCUUACUGUGCUGUAUUUGAAUAUGGAAAGUUCUUUUCCAUGUAUUCUGUUAAUCAAUCAAUGGCAGAAAAGAUUUUAGUAACAUGAAAUGAGGUAAUAAGAUUAUAUGCAUAUACUAUAAAUAUUUAAAGCAUAUAGCAUGGGUUUAUUGUUAGCUGUGUUUUCUUUCUUUUUUUCCUAUUUGAUUAGAGAAAAUAUGCAGAUAAUGUAUCCUCUGACAUGUAUACCUUUCUCAUUGUCAGCAGAGCUAUGAUUGUAUUUAAGCAGAGAUUAACUGACUGGGCUACUCCUUUUUUUUUUGGCUGAUGGUGUUAUGUGUACUUUAUAGCACCAAUGAGUGCCUCUAUGAAGAGCUGUACAAAAUACCUGCAGUUUAAAGUAGCUCAUGUCACUUAUACACACACACUGGCACCAGACUGACAGCUAGCUAUGCUUUUUUUUAAAAACAAACAAACAAACAAACAAAAACAAUAGCUCUUGAGAAUUGUUUCUAAUACAUAUGGUUUGGCAAAGAUCACUUGUGGUUGUUUAAAUCACUGACUGAUGACACAUGACUGAUAACUUUUUCAAUUUAACAUCUCAUCAUGUAGCUAGCCUGGAUGAAAUAUUGGGUGCCUAUAAACAGCAGCAUUACUGGCAAAAUUGGUAAGCAAUAAAACCAUUUAAAAAAUAUGUAUUAAAUUGGGUACUG